GCUGGACCAGACUUUCCCCAGUUCUGUUCUUGAGGUGCGAGGGAGACUCCAGAGAGAGAUACUGAGCAAUAUGGAGGGGACUUUUCGAGAGCAGCUGUUCUUCGUUGUGUUAUGUCUGUCAGUUCUCAAGGGAGACACCAGGUACAUCGAGGUAAGCCUCUGGAAACACUUUGCCUUUUUUAUUGACCUUUUCCGUUCCCACGUGUUUACUCUACUAGACUUUGUAAUAAAAGCUCAAUUAAUGCCAUAAUGUGUUUUGUGUAAGAAAAGUUGUUGCAACUAAAGUAGGCCUAAUGUUCACAUUGCGCACUUCUAUGCUACUCAAGACGUCUUUUAACAUAUUGGCUUGAUUUAUGCAUUCUGUAGCUACUAACAUUUACUUAAACCCUUGUGUUAUCUUGCUUGACGGUAUAUUGCUGUCACUUGGCCACAUUAAAUCUUAACUUUCUUUUUCUAAAUAUUAUCUAAAUGUUUUUGUAUUUUUCUUGCAGGAAAAUGAGAUCACUCCAGAAGGAUUAUUUUCACUUCUUAAUUCAGAGCUCAAAAGAGAAAUACCAGAGGAAUUAAUGUACAGCCGACCCCUCCGUAAGUAACUGACUGAAGUCAUUUCCUAGAAAACUUUAUUCCCCAUAGGUAUAUUUUCCAUUUCAUUUACAUGGUCGACUUGUGAAGCAAUACGUUUCUGUUGACAUUAUCACACCUUCUAAAAUGCAUAUUUUUAUUAAGAAGGUGUUUUUCAUAUUUUCUUUCUCUAAAUUUGUCAGUCACAAUUGUGUAUGGAAUUCUGAGAAUAAUUAAUAAUCGAAAAUAAUUAAUGUGGGAUUAGGCCUAUUGUAAUUUACAUCAUUAUAAUCUGUGUAUGGCUUUCAUGACCAAAUGUACAGACUGAUGAAUACUACUUGAUUAAUUAGAAAUUGAUAUUAAUUGAUUGAAGUUUGUCAGAAACACUUCAUAAUGUAAAAUUUAAACAGCCACUGUGCACAAAAUGUAAUGUUAACCCUGUCUCUAUUUCAGUCUCCCUUUCAAUGUCAUCUCUCUUUCUGUCUCUGAUUCUCCCUCUCUCUUUUCCUCCCCUGUCUUUACCCCCACAUCCAUCUCCCUCGUUCUAGCCCUCUUCCCUAUCUCUCCCCUCUCUGUUACCCCCACACCCAUCUCCCUCGUUCUAGCCCUCUUCCCUAUCUCUCCCCUCUCGCUCCUCUUUCUCUCUAUCCUUCUCUAACCCCUUCCUUCCUUUCUUCCUCCGUUCCUCCUCCUCUCCCUCUCUCAGAGUGUCUGGACAUGGUGGCAGCAGAGGGUCAGUUCACCUUUACAGCAGACCGGCCUCAGCUCAGCUGUGCUGCUUUCUUCAUCGCUGAGCCCAACCAGGUCAUCAGUGUGGAAUAUGACAGCGUUGACAUCGACUGCAGGGGUGGAGACUUCAUCAAGGUAACCACACACGCAGGCAGGCAUGCAUGCAUGCACAGCACACACACACACACGCCACCACCUCUUUCACACCCACAUACGUCCCAAAUACUCCACUCCCACCUCCACCUUAACUGACAUCAGCACCACCAGGUCCAGGGAUAUAGGGGCAUUUCUGGAACAUUGACGGGAUGAAAUUUCUGGCAGAUUGUUGUUGUUAUUUGUGCCCAGGUCUGAGUAGUCCUCUUCCCCUGCCGAGAGCACCCAAGGCCAGGCAUAAUCCCUUGCCUCACCCCCCAGCCUGGGGACACUCGUUCUUGGUAGUAGAUGAUUACAGACUUGUAAAUAGCCUACCACUAAAAUAUAUAGCCACUUAGCAGAUGCCGUCACCAGGGGGAAAAUAGGGUAUUUUCCUGUGUUGUUUUCUUACUUUACCCUGUAAAUCCGUGCUAAGGUUACAGUUAAGUCCCACCCUGGAUUUAAACACAGACUGACACUACAGAGAGUCACUUCCUGAUUAAGACACCAGCUUAAAUGGAAAUCACUUUUAAAAGUCAAUCACAGUGCACAGGUCGUUCAUCUGCAUUUGUUCGAAUCCUGGCCAUUUUUCUUAAAGAGAUAACUGGGUUUGAUUGACUGGUUUUGAUUAAGUCCACAUCUCUCUCCCCUCUCCUCUCUCCCCUCUUCUCUCUCCCGUCUCCCCUCUCCUCUUCCAGGUGUUUGAUGGCUGGGUGAUGAAGGGAGAGAAGUUCCCUAGUUCCCAGGACCACGCCCUGCCGCUGAUGGAACGCUACGUGGACUACUGUGACUCCGGGACUGUCAGGAGAACCGUGCGGUCAUCUCAGAAUGUUGCCAUGGUGUUCUUCCGCGUUCACACAGUCGGCAGCUCCUUCACGCUGACUGUCAGGAAACCCAUCAACCCUUUCCGUGAGUAGAAACCUGAACCAGCCUGAUGGCCAGUCUUACUGUUAAUAGCCUUGAGGGUUUUACUUAUAUACUUAGUGUCAGACAAUUGUGACUCGAUGUAUAGAUAAACAUGCUGAGUUAAAUGUGUGUGCAGGAGUACUUUUAACAGCUAUCAUUGAUGAUAGAACCUAAUGCCUGUCUGGCAGAGUGCCUCGGCCAUAUAAUGUGCUAACAUGGGGCAGGAUGCCAAUGUACUGCUUUAAUUCUUUAUCACACGCUGUAAUGCCAGGGUAGUGUGUUAAUGCUUUAGUAACACUUUAGGUUGUACAAAUGCAUGCCAAUACUGGAUCAUGUUAGUGAGAGAUUUCAGAGUAAGUUGUGGUUAAGCUAAGCAUGUGUAUCUCAACUAAGUAUUAGGUUCAAAGGUGCGCAGCAGGGAUGUAUUACUAGAUUUUAGUCAUUUAGCAGACUCUCUUAUCCAUAGCGACUUACAGGAGCAAUAAAGGUUAAGUGCCUUGCUCAAGGGCACAUCGACAGAUUUUCCACCCAGUCAGCUCAGGGAUUCGAACCAGCGACCUUUCGGUUACUGGCUAAGCACGCUUAAUAGAUAGGGUACCUGUUAUGGUACAGAGAGUGAAGGAAUUUCUCUAGCUGACAUAUGAAGGUGUUCUCUAGCUGACAUAUGUACCAAGCACAGAGCUGCUCACGUCUAAGUCGUACAUCUGCUGAUGUUUUUGUGUUUCUGUGUGUGUGUGUUUGCAUUUGUUUACUAAGAAAUUGUACCCACGUACUGUAAAUUGAUAAAUGCUUUGCUAUAUGAAGAUCAACAUGUAUGAAAAGUCUAGACACUCAUAUAUCUCCCCCCCCCCCCCCCCCCCCCCCACCCCCCCCCACCUACAGCCUGUAAUAUCAUCUCCCAGACACCAGAGGGCAGCUUCACCAUGGUGAUACCCCAGCAGCACAGGAACUGCAGCUUCUCCAUCAUCUACCCCGUGGAGAUCAAGAUCGCUGAGCUCAGCCUGGGACACCUCAACGACUUCCCCAUCAAGGUGAGCCCUGAGCAGGGACAUCACCACACAGAACAGAGCUACUCACAUCUGAGUCUGGAGGUCUGCAGCACUGUUGGUUUUCUUUUCUCCCCGGUAGUUAUUUGGUUGAUUAAUGCCACUCAAUGAUUGGCCAGAGAUUCCACUCACCAUGCGUCACAGGUCUGAAUGAAACAGUUCCUGAUUGGAGGCUUCAAGGUCCAGAUUUGAGUAAAGGGGGCUUAGAUGUUUAGGGAGUUGUAAGGGAGGUGGUUUAGUGAACUACAUUUACAUUUUACAUUUUAGUCAUUUAGCAGACGCUCUUAUCCAGAGCGACUUUACAGUUAGUGAGUGCAUACAUUUUUUAUUUUUUUUUCAUAACUACCCUUCCAAAGACCUAAAGACUUGUGUUAGCUCCUAGUGAUGAUGAUGGGAUGCUUUGAGUCAGAAAAAAUAAGGGUAGGAAGGGAAGUAAAAAUGCUUGUUAAUCCACUGAGUUGGUCUCUUUCUCUCCAAAAGUCCAUGCCAGGCUGUGCGGGAGCAGGGGACUUUGUGGAGCUGCUGGGAGGGAACGGGAUGGACCCGUCUAAGAUGUUCCCAGUAGCUGACCUCUGCUACAACAUCAAUGGCCCCGGUGAGCAACACCCACACCCACAUCCACACCAUCACCAUCACCCAAAUCCACACCAUCACCAACACCAUCAGCAUCACCACCACCAUCACCAUGCUAACUAGAGUAGAUCUUUACUACCCACACCAUCACCAUCCUAACUAGAGUAGAUAUUUACUACCCACACCAUCACCAUCCUAACUAGAGUAGAUAUUUACUACCCACAGCAUCACCAUCCUAACUAGAGUAGAUAUUUACUACCCACACCAUCACCAUCCUAACUAGAGUAGAUAUUUACUACCCACAGCAUCACCAUCCUAACUAGAGUAGAUAUUUACUACCCACACCAUCAACAUCCUAACGAGAGUAGAUAUUUACUACCCACACCAUCAACAUCCUAAAUAGAGUAGAUAUUUACUACCCAGACCAUUACCAUCCUAACUAGAGUAGAUAUUUACUACCCACACCAUCACCAUCCUAACUAGAGUAGAUAUUUACUACCCACACCAUCAACAUCCUAACUAGAGUAGAUAUUUACUACCCACACCAUCACCAUCCUAACUAGAGUAGAUAUUUACUACCCACACCAUCACCAUCCUAACUAGAGUAGAUAUUUACUACCCACACCAUCAACAUCCUAACUAGAGUAGAUAUUUACUACCCACAGCAUCACCAUCCUAACUAGAGUAGAUAUUUACUACCCACACCAUCACCAUCCUAACUAGAGUAGAUAUUUACUACCCACACCAUCACCAUCCUAACUAGAGUAGAUAUGUACUACCCACACCAUCACCAUCCUAACUAGAGUAGAUAUUUAAUACCCACACCAUCACCAUCCUAACUAGAGUAGAUAUUUACUACCCACACCAUCACCAUCCUAACUAGAGUAGAUAUUUACUACCCACACCAUCACCAUCCUAAUACUGUAUGUUUAAGCCUACACAGGCAGCCAAUUCUGAUCUUUUUUCCCCCACUAAUUGGUCUUUUGACCAAUCACAUCAGAUCUUUUCACAACAGAUAUUUUUCAGAGCUGAUCUGAUUGGUCAAAAGACCAAUUAGUGAAAAAAUAUCAGAAUAGGGUUGCCUGUCUAAACGCAGCCAAAGAGUAAAUCUUUAUGAUCCAUUGAUGAAUGGAAAGUAUUAUUUUUGCUGACACACUCUCCAACCCCGCUGAUACAAACCUGUUAUUCAUGUCUGACAGUUAUUUAUUUUUUCUUUCCUUUCCUCAUCCUCCAGCCCAGAUGAAGAUAGGUUGUGACAACACUGUGGUGAGGAUGGUGUCCAGCGGCAGGUUUGUCAACCGGGUGGUGUUCCAGUACCGGCUGUUGGACCGGCAGGAGCUGCAGAGGAUCAAGGUGAACAGUGUGGAGGAUUUCUGCUUCUCUGGCUGAGCUCUCUCUAUCUAUCUCUCCACCUCCUUUAUCUACCACCUAGCUAAUGGGGACCACCCAUCACUGGCUGCCAAAUCUACCAUGAGACUGAUUACAGAAAAUAAAUCUUGAGGGUUGCCAUAACGUUCUGUUCUGUACUCCAUUUUGAAUUUAAAGAGAUUUAUUUAUUUUUUACAUCGUUUGUUUUUUUAUUCACUAUAUGUUAAAUGAAUUGUGGCUGGCACUCAAGCUUAAUAAAGUGUUAUUUUGUGUUUGUGGGCAUUUCUGCUAUUGGUUUGAUUUCAUAUUUAUGUUGUCUAAGUUGUGUGAUUAUAUAAAUGACAGUGAAAUUAGAACAGUGAGGGUGCUAGCAGGGUGUUUUAGUUCACAUUCUUUACAAGGAAGGGUGUUGAAAAACGGAAUGUUUCUUUCUAUUUAUUUUGUGAGACGAUGUGUGUUGUUACAGGACUGUGGCAGGAGGCAAGUGUUCAAUAGAGUAUGUUAAAUACAUGUUCAUUGCUGUUAUCUAAAUUUAUUUGUAUCAAAC